AUGAUAUUACAAUUGAGUUUUCUAUUGAUAGGACUGUCGGCAAACUUAGGUCAAGAGUGGACUUACGAUGUAAGAUUUACAUUAAACUCUCGAAACCAAAGACCUGAACUGACGGGAAGUGUUGUCGACAACAAAGUCUAUGUGUUUGAAGAGUUACACAUUCAUUGGUCUGAUAAUAACUUAGAGGGUUCUGAACACUCAAUAAACGACUAUUUUUCAUCGGCUGAGAUACAUUUUGUUCACUUUAAUCAAAGAUAUGACAGUUUGUCGAAAGCCAGAGAUCAAAGGGAUGGCUUAGUUGUUCUCACAGUUUUAGUGCAAUUGUCUAGAGUUGACAACAAAGCCAUUGAACCACUUAUAAGAGUUUUACCACAAGUUUCGCGAUAUAAUAGUUCAGCAAUCGUUAAAAAUGCCUUAAUAUUAGAAAAGUUAUUACCGAUAAAUAAAGAGAUCUUUUUCACAUACAAAGGCUCACUGACUACACCUCCAUGUAGUGAAACCGUAAAGUUUAUCAUAUAUGCUGAUCCCAUACGUAUUAGUCCUUUUCAAUUAAGUCAAUUUAGACGAUUACAUGAAAGACCUCUGAAUGGCAGAAGUUUAAAGAUAUUUAGUAAUACUCGAGAUAUACAUCGCAAGAAUAGUAGGAUUGUUGAGGUAUCAGAUGUUAGAUUUGGUGACACAAGUUCUGGUAGUGAUGUCGAUGAUUUCGGUGGCAAUAAUGAUAUUGAUUACUAA